AUGACAAGAAUCACCCGCAGUGGCAAGGGCAGAGACACCACCGCGAGUCAAGACGAACAGCCCCGAGCGAGGAAUUUCCGGCAAGUUAUCCAACGCAAAAAGAAGAGAAUCUUGAGGAGGAUAGAGGAGACGAAGAAGAAAAAUGAUAAGAAGUACUGGCUCGAUGAAGCUGAUCGUCUGAAGAGGGCGCUUCGCAAGGAAGAACAAGAGUGUCAUCGGAAGAGGGCUAGGAUUGCAAAAUGUCUGAGUAAAGUCGAGGCAAUGGAGAAGGGAAAGAAGAUGGAGGAAGAUAAGACACAGGGAAUCAAGGAAGCGGAGCACGACGAAGAGGAAGAGUACAAACAAGAGGAUUAUGACGAAGAUUACUACAAAGAAGAAGAUGACGAUGACGGACACUUUCCAUGA